UUUACCUGCACUACUGCGGAAGAACAACCAAAACACACACUCUCUCUCUCUUUCUCUCUCUCUUUCUCUGCCGCCUCCGCCUCUCCCAAGAGCCCCGCCGGUCGCUCCGAGCUCAGAUCUGCGCCCAAGAGGGAGAGCCCCGCGUCGCUGCGAGCUCGAAUCUGCAUCUGGCACGUCGCCUCCCCCAAGAGCCCCUCCGUCUCGGCUGCUGGAUCCCAAGCCCCUCCGCCUUCGCCGAGCUCAGAUCUGCGCUCAAGAGGGAGAGCCCACGUCGCUCCGAGCUCAGAUCUGCGCCUGGCACGUCGCCUCCCCCAAGUGCCCCUCCGUCGCGGCUGCUGGACUCCGAGCCCCUCCGCCUCCGCCGAGCUCAGGUCUGCGCCCAAGAGGGAGAGCCCCGCGUCGCUCCGAGCUCAGAUCUGCGUCUGGCACGUCGCCUCCCCCAAGAGCCCCUCCGUCGCGGCUGCGCAGAUCUGUUGGGAUGGAAGGCUUUGGUGGAAGAUUUUUGCCGCGGCACAGAGGAUGUUGCUGCCGAUGCUCUCCAUCACUGAAAACUUCACUUGGCGAGCUCACACUCUCGGACUUCGCCGCGAAAGAAUCCGCGAGAUGGUUUCGUCGAGCGCUUUGAUGGCGUCCCUGAAAGCUCCGCUCGUGUCGGCCUGCGCGAUGUCCAUCGCCGUUGCCGCUCUCGGGGCUGCUGUUCCAUCUAUCCCCGGCCCUCUGGGUCCUCGGCUGCCUCCCGCGCUGGGCUCACUCCUCUCGUGGUUCAGGCCUUCGUACCCCUUUCGUCGUCGUCAAUGGCAUCAUCGCCGCCACCUCCAGGUGCUUCCGCCGCGCACAGCCGGAGAGGAUCGCGAUUGUGGUCGCAGAGGAGAUAAGAGGUCGUGGAGGCGACGCUGGCCGCGGAGGCGGCGUUCGAUGAGCUUCAGGAUUUUGAGGAGAAGAGGGUGGUGGUGGUGGUGGUGGUGGGGAAUGGCGGGGGUGUCCGGCGGCGGAGAUGGAUAUAAUUGUGACUGCGAAGGGGAGAGGAAGGUGGCGUUCGGGAGGUCCGCUUCGGCACGGUGGAGGCGAGUGGACUUGUCGGAGAAAGCUCUGGUUUCGCCGGAGAGCCGCCGACGGCGACCACCUGCAAGUAAGAAGGGCGAAGUGAGGCGUUAUGAAUUUCGAAAUUCGCAUCACGUACGAGCAAGAAAGUGACCAGGAUGACGGGGACGGUGUCUUUUGAUAUUUCGGUCAACGGAUUCAUGAAAUCAAGUCAACAUAUUCACAUAAUAUCGCUUUUUUUUCAUGAGAUUUAAUUUUUUGAUGCCAUUCGUCAGUUGAAGUUGAAUGCGCAAAAUCUUAAGAGGUUUACGGUGUUAAA